AUUUUACAGACUAGUUGAAUAUACAAGAGUUUCCUGACUCCACUUUGUCAUGGACAUGCAAGCUUCUAAUGGUUCGUUUCGUAAAUCGUACUUGUUUUCCUACGCUAUGUGAAAUGUUCGCGCGUUAAAUUACACCGGAAUUUAUGCUUCUGGGACUGAAGACUUUACACAGGAUAUGGUGUAUCUUGAUAGAGAUACUUCGUCCUCUAAAAUAUGUUUCCCAAUGGAAAAGUGUAUGCUUCCAUCCCUGGAUUACCGGAACUAGGGAUGGUAUGGAUGGGUGAUAUGAUGGUACAUGGAGAACCUACACAUGAACUUAUGCUGGACCCGCGUCAGGCAGAGAGCCCAUUUUUCUCUCAAGGCUCAAAUCCGUACGAUGACAUUAGAAACCAUCAAAUUGCCCCUACGACCAUGGUGCGAUACCUGGCACCUCAGUUUACCAACGAAUGUUCGGAACCUGAUGAAGCUAUGGAAGCUGCUGAUGCCCAAACAAUACAACAGGAAUACGACUCACAAUCUGAAAGGCAGGAGAUUGGUGAUUACUUGACCUUAGAUGACUACAUGGGCGAUGAUGAAAGGGAACAAAUUGUAAACAACGCAGCGACCCAAACCAGUCAAGACAAUCGUAAUAGAAAAAUAAAACCUAUAAAACAUCCCGGACUUGUUUUGAAAACGCCAAUCGCAUAUCAGCCACACACAGAUUUAAAUUUUAUACCAAUUCGCAGAGAUGGUAUAGCUGUUUGCGCAAAAUGUGGUGCAAUCGGUGUGAAACACGCAUUUUACACGAAGGAACGACGAUUCUGUAGUAGAGCAUGUGCAAGAUCUUCAGAAUAUACAGCUUCGACUGCUGAUUCUACGUACAGUCCGUCAGAGUUUCUGAAGAUACCAUUAAAUUCCCUUUCUCCCGAGCCUGAAUUAAAGAAAAAUGACUUUGUGAAAGACGAAAUAGACACAAAGGAUCCUUCUAAACCUGAGAAGGAAAAAGUUAUAUCUGGACCAGUGAUACCAGAGGACUUACCAGUAAGGAGGAAAAGAACUGCCGAAAUGGCUGGUUCUUACGAUUGGACUACACAGCUGACCGAACCUGGAUUCUGUGCUGCUCCAGUCUCUUGUUUCAAACAUGCACCUAUAUCAGAAAUAUGGGAUAACAUAACAGUCGGUAUGAAAGUGGAAGUGGAAAAUACAGAUUGCGACGAAGUCUGCGAAGCUUUUCCAGAUUCUUUUUGGGUCGCCACAGUUUUACGUGUAUCUGGGUACAGAGCAUUGUUAAGGUAUGAAGGAUUCGGGCUUAAUGCCGAAAAAGAUUUUUGGGUAUCUUUGUGCUCGAAUGACAUACACCCAGUCGGUUGGUGUGCAACUAUCGGAAAACCACUCAUUCCGCCUAACACGAUUGCAAACAAAUACAAAGAUUGGAAGGAUUUCCUAAUGAGACGAUUAACAGGAGCGAGAACGCUACCGACUAAUUUUUAUAAUAAAGUCAACGAUAGUAUGAAGUCGCGGUUUCGAUGCGGGCUUCAUUUGGAAGUAGUGGAUAAAAAUAGAAUCUCGCAAGUGAAAGUAGCGACGAUACAAAAGAUCGUUGGUAAACGUUUACACGUAAGGUACUACGAUUCGCCGCCCGAGGACAAUGGUUUCUGGUGUCACGAGGAUUCACCUCUAAUACAUCCUGUCGGUUGGGCGACACGGGUAGGACAUACUUUGGACGCGUAUUCCGAGUACUGGGAGCGUGUGUCGAAAUCAAAAUUGUGCGCGGACGACGCGACCGAGGAUCUUUUCCACGUGCCAAAGAACUAUCACGCACACAUGGGGUACACGUUCCGGGAAGGAAUGAAAAUAGAAGCGAUCGAUCCUCUCAAUUUAUCCGCCAUAUGCGCGGCAACGAUCAUGCGGGUCUUAAAAGAGGAUUACAUAAUGAUCCGUAUAGAUAGUUACGACGAAGACGCGAGCGGCGCCGACUGGUUUUGCUAUCAUUCAUGUUCACCCUGUAUUUUUCCAAUUGGAUUUUGUUCUCAACACGGAUUGCCUCUUACCCCGCCAAAGGGAUACGAUCCUACUACGUUCGCGUGGGAUUCGUAUUUAACAGAGACAAACACAAUCCCUGCUCCUGUGCAAUUGUUCAACAGGGACAUACCUCAGCAUGGAUUUAUCGAGGGCAUGCGGCUUGAAGCCGCUGAUUUAAUGGAUCCUAGAUUAGUCUGCGUUGCUACUAUUACGAGGGUGAUUGGGAGAUUAUUAAGAGUCCACUUUGAUGGUUGGGAAGACGAAUAUGAUCAAUGGCUAGACUGUCAGAGUCCCGAUAUCUACCCAGUUGGAUGGUGUGAUCUCGUUGAUCAUAAACUAGAAGGGCCCCGUGUAUUCAUUAAAUAUCUUAAUCCUACUGUAAAAUCACCAAGAGGCCUUAGACGUAAAUCUAAAAGAAAAUUAAAGAAAAGCAGCAAAACAUCUUGCGCGAGAAGCUUUCUAUCUCGGCACAGGGAACGUGUAAACACGUCUCGUGAACGUGAGCGAGAGGUAGAACCUGCUCAAGGAGUUAAAAUUGAAAGGGAACGGGACUUGGAAAGUUUGCCUGAACAAAGAAACAGGGAGCCAGAGCCGGCAGAAGAGCCAGCUGGACCUGAUCAAACAUUGCCCAGUCCUACCACCGGGCAAGGUCAAGCGAACGAUACUCAAGAUACUCAAAGUGAGAUACAAAACCCUCCGCCACCAAAAGAACGAACCGCAACUUCACACAUCAACGUAAUGCCUGCUUCUGACAAAUACAUCCCAAGGUUAGCAGAUGGUGUUCAAAAGAGUUCCGAAUCGGGUGAUUUAGUGCCAUCUGAAUGGAAUGUGUUUGAUGUCGCACAAUUUCUUCGUGUUAACGAUUGUGCAACGUAUUGCGAUAACUUUAGUAAAAAUAAGAUAGAUGGAAAAACUUUGCUGACACUCACUAAGGACCAAAUAAUAGACUUGACAGGUUUCAAAGUUGGCCCAUCAUUAAAAAUCUUUGAUCUUAUCCAACAAUUAAAAAUCAAAGUGAAUCCAGCUCAGGAAAGGUUGAAGCUAGGUUUGAAAAAGUUAUUAUAACAAAGAUAGUACAUAGUUAUUAUCAUGAAUAAGUUCCAUCAUUACAUAAACUAUCGGCAUGGAUUUACAAGUAAGGCAUCCACGUGCAAAUUAUUAAAACUCUUAUUUCAUUUUAGUUAUAUACAGUUUCUUCUGCCUGAUUAAUAUGUGUACGGGAUAUAUGUUACAACAAUAUUACAAUUGUUUAACUAUUUACAAUAGUUUUUCUGGAAAUAUCUCUAACAAGAUAUAUUCAAGAAAUAUGUAAGCAGAGAUGCUAUUUGUAGGUGAACUGAUAGAAGAAGUCCAAUUUCCGGAAAACGACAGAAUCAUGUAUAUUUUAAUUAAUUCGUUUCUUAUGAGACUAUUUAUGUGGGAAUGCCUUUUAUAGGGAAUGGGAAAUGUAUUCAUAAAUAUGAUUCUGUUAACAAAGAAGAAAAACAAAGUUGAACUUUAUAUAUCUUCUAUUAGUACACUUACAAAAAAAGAAGAUAAUCACAGCUUUCCUACUUGUAAAAUGUCUCAUUUAAAGUAUUUUGUACUACAUUGAAGAUUGUUAUAGUAUAUAUCCUGCAUAGACAUAAAAAUUAGAAUAUUAAGAUCAUUCUCUAUCGUCAUACAUUUAUGAUGAAAGCAUUUAUUUUAAAGAGAACUGGCACUACUUAUUGAUAACUCUAGAGGAGUUACGAAAUAUCUAUUGUUAACGAUUAUUAAAGUUAACAUUCUACGAAAUAUUAAUUAACUUCAUUUAACGUUUCUUAUCUUUUCCUCUGUCCGAUAACAAAACCGUAUCGAUAUUAAAGUUACUGUCGUAAAUAGCGUGGAACUUUUAUAUACGCGUGUUGCAUUUAUAUGUUUUUGUGGGUAUUAAGAGUUAUUCUCUUAUUCAGAUAUCUUCUAUUCUUAACGCUGUUAUUUGUAAAUCCAUGAUUUCAUGUUGCACUAAAUUGAUUGCAGAUGCAUGAACCACAUUUAAAAAUGCUAUUAUAUAUUUAAGAAUUUCUUUAAGGAACGUGAAGUUUGAAAACUGUAAUUUAAAGAAUAAAAAUCGGAGGGG